GGGGGGGAGCGGGAGCCGCCGUCAGCACCAUGGAGAGCGGCACCGCCCGCCGCCUCGACGCCGCCGCCUUCCUCGGCGCCUGGCGGCGCUGCGACGCCGACGACAAUGGUUACAUAGAAGGGAAGGAGCUCGACAGUUUUUUUCAUCACCUCCUGGAGAAACUGGGACCAGAAAACACCAUCACCGAAGAAAAAGUUCAGAGGAUGAAGGAGCAACUCGUGUCUGCCUACGAUGUCACCACAGAUGGACGCUUGCAAAUCCAAGAGCUUGCAAAUAUGAUCUUGCCGGAUGAUGAGAACUUUCUGCUGCUUUUCCGACGGGAAACUCCCUUGGACAACAGUGUGGAAUUCAUGCGGAUCUGGCGCAGUUACGAUGCUGAUAGCAGUGGAUUUAUUUCAGCUGGCGAGCUCAAAGAUUUCCUGCGAGAUCUCUUUUUGCAGCAUAACAAGAUGGUUGCUGAAGUAAAGCUGGAAGAAUAUACUGAUACCAUGAUGAAAAUCUUUGACAAAAACAAAGAUGGACGGCUGGACCUGAAUGACCUGGCAAGGAUUCUGGCACUCCAGGAAAAUUUCCUUCUUCAAUUUAAAAUGGAUGCUUGCAGCACAGAAGAAAGGAGGAGAGAUUUUGAGAAGAUCUUUGCACACUACGAUGUCAGUAAAACAGGAGCACUUGAAGGCCCAGAAGUGGAUGGGUUUGUCAAAGACAUGAUGGAACUGGUCAAGCCCAGCAUUAGUGGGGUGGACCUGGACAAGUUCCGCCAGAUCCUGCUCAACCACUGUGACGUGAACAAGGAUGGGAAAAUUCAGAAAUCCGAACUGGCUUUGUGUCUCGGGCUUAAAAUGAACCCGUAGCCAGGAGGGUGCUCGUGGUUGUGUUUCCCUCGUGAGAUUUGCUUGCUGCUCCUCGUAGAAGUGUGUCCGUGCUGCUGUGCGAGCGGUGGGGAGCCGGGGCACCGUGCCGCCGGGCUGGAGAGUGGCCACACAAAGACAUGGCAGAGUGGGAUUCGCAUGGAGAGCCUCCCCGCUCCGCCAGUCCCUUUGUGGUGUUCUCUUGCUGCCGCCGCUUGUGGGUCCCCUUAGCAAUGUCUCUGCCCACGAGCACACCAGCUGCUCAGAAAAAGGGUUGCUUUUCUUCUCCUGCUCCCCACAAAAUGCUGCCCUGCCCAUCCCCUAGGAUAGGGACAAGCAUCUCCUUAAAAAUGCCACGUUGGUGCUCUCGGAGUGCAGCUGCUAGGUGUUUCUGAUGGUCGCCUUACGUGUGAAGUCAUUCCUUUGGUGAGCAUCGCGCUUUGUUUGUGCAUUUAAAAUAUUGGAUGGAUGACAGUGUAUAUGUGCAGAAAUAAAAAAUGGCAAUUACAGAAAUUCAUUAAGAUUGGAGUUUAUCUGUUAUGUACGGAAAGCCAUCUGCCACAGACUGGCAGACCAUACAUUGUAACCAUUUUACGUAAAACACAUUAAAUGGCAAGAGGUUUUGUGA